AGUAAGAGUAGAAGAAAGUGAGGUAGGAGAGGAGUGAAGGGAGGUUUUCCUCUCUCUCCAAAAAAAUAGCCUAACCUUCCGUUUUCUCAUGUUAUUCGGUUGACGGAGAUCUAGCUUCAUUCAUUCAUUCAUCCUUUCAUCUCCAAAUCCCUAACCUUUCUUUUCUCUCCCUCUUUCAAGAUCCAAAGACUCUUCUCUCCGAUCUCCCACAUCAUGUCUCACAGAAACGACACUAACACCUAUUCUUCCUUACCCAUCACCUCCUCCUACCUUGAAUUGCAGCGCCAAACCGAUUCCUCCAAAUCCCCUUCUUUCGACGAAGCCGAGGUCUAUUUGGGAUCCAAGGUCGACGACGACGAAGACGAUUUAGAAAUCGACAUCGAUAACUAUCCCCUCGUUGUUCCGGCUCCCACUCUGGGUUCUGGAGUACCCGGCGCUGUCUUCAAUUUGACAACUACGAUUAUUGGUGCAGGGAUUAUGGCCCUUCCCGCCACCAUGAAAGUUCUCGGAGUGGCUUUGGGGAUUGUGUUGAUUAUCGUGAUGGGAAUUUUAUCUGAAAUUAGUGUCGAAUUGUUGGUGAGGUUUUCCGUUAUGUGUAAGGCAUCCUCCUAUGGUGAGGUUGUGCAACACGCCAUGGGAAGGCCCGCGAGGGUUGUGUCGGAAAUUUGUAUAAUUGUGAACAAUGCUGGUGUUUUGGUCGUUUAUUUGAUUAUCAUGGGUGAUGUUAUGUCUGGUUCGGUUCACCACAUGGGGGUUUUUGACCAGUUAAUGGGGAAUGGCGUUUGGGAUCAGAGGAAGCUUGUUAUUCUUGUUGUUAUGGUGGUUUUCCUUGCUCCACUUUGUUCCCUUGACAAGAUUGAUUCGUUGAGUUUGACCUCAGCGGCGUCGGUGGCGCUUGCUGUGUUGUUUGUGAUUGUUGCUUUCACUGUGGCUUUCAUUAAGCUUGUUGAAGGGAAGGUUGAUUCUCCCAGGAUGGUUCCUGAUCUCAGCUCAAAAAGCGCAAUUUUGGAUUUGCUUGUUGUGAUUCCCAUCAUGACCAAUGCAUAUGUUUGUCAUUUCAAUGUGCAGCCAAUUUACAAUGAGCUUGAGCAGCGUUCGCCGCAGAAGAUGAACCGCGUUGGGAGGCUCACCACGGUUUUGUGCAUCCUGGUGUACGCCUCCACAGCCAUAUCUGGUUACCUUCUGUUUGGGGUUGAUACUGAGUCUGAUGUGUUGACUAAUUUUGAUAAGGAUCUUGGAGUUAGGUUUAGCUCUGCCAUAAACUACAUUGUUAGGGUAGGAUACAUUCUUCAUUUGAUACUUGUUUUCCCCGUGAUUCAUUUCUCCCUGCGCCAAACUGUGGAUGCUUUAGUGUUUGAGGGAUCACCUCCAUUGUCAGAAAGUAGGAAGAGAUCUCUUGGGUUGACUGUGGUUUUGUUGGUUCUCAUAUAUAUUGGGUCUACCAUGAUUCCAAGCAUAUGGACAGCUUUCAAGUUCACUGGGGCAACUACUGCUGUUUCAUUGGGUUUUAUAUUUCCUUCACUUGUUUCAUUGAGAUUACGGCAUCAGGGGGAUUUAAGCCGUGGAGAAUGGGUUUUAUCAUGGAUAAUGUUGGUAUUGGCUGUGACUGUUAGCAUAGUAGGUGUUGUUGGCAAUAUCUAUAGCCUUGAGAGUAAGUCUUAGUCACAAUUUGGUUUCUUUUUCAUGUGGUGAUUUUUUGAGUACGCAGCAUUUGUUCAUUGGCUCUGCUGCAAUGUUGUUCAAACAGUAGAAGAUAGGGGGUGACAGGAUUUUUCUAUAAUAUGGGAUAAGUAUUUUUGCCCCGGAUAUGAUAUAUAGGAUAUGAGAUGCACAUAAACCUUAAAAAGUCCUUGAAUUUUGAGGAAUGAUGACCAAUUGAUUCGGUACAAGAGGAAUUUGUGGCUGAUUAGUUUGCCACAGAUGUAGCUAUGUAUACAGUUCUGUUCUUUAUGCUAGUAUUAUCUUUUUUGUUCAUUGAUUUUA